GGAUAAAUGGAGACUGAAAACCAUACAACAGUGACAGAGUUCAUUAUUCUGGGACUAACAGAUAAUCCCACACUGCGUGCCAUCUUCUUUGUGAUUUUUCUAGCAGUUUAUAUAGUUACCAUAGUGGGAAAUAUUAGCAUAAUCAUUUUAAUCCAAAGCAGCCCACAACUUCGCACCCCAAUGUACCUUUUUCUCAGCCAUUUGGCCUUUGUGGACAUUGGGUAUUCCACAUCAGUCACGCCAAUCAUGCUUAUGAGUUUCUUAAGAGAAAGAACUACUAUCCCUGUCACUGGCUGUAUAGCCCAGCUUGGCUCUGAUGUCACUUUUGGGACCACAGAGUGCUUCCUGCUGGCCACCAUGGCCUAUGAUCGCUAUGUGGCCAUCUGCUCUCCCCUGCUCUACUCCACACAGAUGUCCCCCGUGGUCUGCUUCCUCCUACUGGGGGCCUCCUACCUGGGUGGAUGCAUGAAUGCUUCAUCUUUUACAGGCUGUUUGAUGAAUCUAUCCUUCUGCGGACCAAAUAAAAUCAAUCAUUUUUUCUGUGACCUCUUCCCACUUUUGAAGCUUUCUUGUGGUCAUGUUUAUAUUGCUGAAAUCUCUCCUGCCAUCUCCUCUGCCUCAGUCCUUAUAAGCACACUGUUCACCAUAAUUGUGUCCUACAGCUACAUCCUGCACUCAAUCCUGAAUAUGCGAUCAACUGAAGGGAGGAAGAAGGCUUUCUCUACCUGCACGUCCCACCUCACAGCAGUCACUUUGUUUUACGGGACAGUUUUGUUUGUUUAUGUGAUGCCCAAAUCGAGCUAUUCAGCUGAUCAGGUCAAAGUGGCAUCUGUGAUCUACACAGUGGUGGUCCCCAUGUUGAACCCCCUCAUCUACAGUCUGAGGAACAAGGAAGUGAAAGAAGCCAUGAGAAAACUAAUGUCUAGAACACGUUGUUUUUCCUAA